UAAUGGUGUAUGAUGUUUGAUCCGCGUUUAUGACCAGCAUUCAUUUGUACCGCGUUCACAUGCUAGUCGGAAUUAGGAAACUCUGAAAUGUCCGACUUGCUAACUGGAUGUAGUUAUACAAGUCCCGCGUUCAACGAACCAGCAAGUCGGAAAUGUCCGAGUUUAUUCGUUCUAACUAGCAUUUGAACGCAGCAUCAGAGCUGCUCCUAGUCAUAAUUUGCGUCCGGUAUAAAAACACAUUCGCAUUCUCGCGUUGUUCACACCUCCUGGCAGUUCUUUUUGACAUUGAGGUAGUUCUAUUAAUGCCCCGGGUGAAGCGGGUUAGCGUUGAUUGCAUUCGUUUUGGAACCGGGCUGCCUGCCGGGUUUCAGCCAGGUGACCUGUUAUGGCCGACGGCGAAGUCGGAUCAAAACAAAAGAGAUGUUUGUUAAGCACGUGGAUGAGUACCAUCAAAGACUGUGUAUUAUAUUGACAAGAUAGUCAAGUGACCGCUCUAACGAUGGAAAUACAUGUCCUCAAUUAUGGAAGGCAGGCGGGAGGAGGCGAGAUCAGUUGAUGUGAAAUGUUGACGUGUGUGAGGAAAAAAUGAAUAAGCCCAAAAUGACUACUGAUAAAGGCGUUCCCAGUAACUCCAGGGUGCUGAUGUUGUUGGGCCAGCUGGAGAAGCUGAACGGGGAGUCCAUGCUGGCGGACCCUGAGAUCACCAGGCAGAUCACUGCCAAGAUCCUCCACCUCAUCCAGACACAGGAGAAGACACGGAAGGACAUCAUGUCCAAGGGCUCCAGUGGCAUGGAGGUAAUCCUGGCAACUUUGGAGAACACAAGGGAUCUGCAAACUAUCCUGAACAUUCUGUACAUUCUGAAUGAGCUGUUAACCGUGGGUGGGGGGCGCAGGAUUGGAGUGUUUGUGUCCAAGGGUGGCACAGGCAUCUUGCUGCAGUUGGUCCUUAGUGCCAGUAAAGAGUCUCCCCCCAGUGAGGAGGUCAUGCUGCAGCUCCACUCAGUCCUGGCCAAGGUUGGACCAAAAGACAGGAAGUUUGGUGUGAAAGCCCGUCUGAACGGAGCUCUGAACGUCACUGUGAACCUGCUCAAACAAAACCUGCAGAACCACAAGCUGCUGCUGCCCUGUCUGCUGGUUCUACGAGUCUACUCCUCCAACUCUGUGAACGCUGUGUCCCUGGGGAAGAAUGGAGUGGUGGAGCUCAUGUUGAAAAUCAUCGGACCCUACAGCAAAAAGAACACCAGUCUGCUGAAAGUAUCCCUGGACACACUGGGGGCCUUGCUCAAAUCCAAGACCAACGCCCGGCGGGCGGUGGUCCAUGUGCCCGUCCUGCUGUACAUCUACCAGGACUGGCACCGUAACGACACGUUCCACCGCCACAUGCUCAUCCGCAAGGGCGUCCUGGGCUGCCUGAAGAACAUCACCAACAGCAAGCUGGGCCGCAAGGCCUUCAUCGAUGCUGACGGGAUGAGGAUCCUCUAUAACACCUCCACUGAGUGCCUGCCGGUGAGGACUCUGGACCCUCUGAUCAACACUUCCAGCCUUAUCAUGAGGAAGUGCUUCCCCAAGAACCGCCUCCCUCUGCCCACCAUCAAGAGUGUCUUCCACCACCAGCUGCUUCAUGUACCUGCAGGAGGGCCAGUCGCUCAGCUCUACAACCAGCCCCCGGGGGGAGUCCCCAUUUACCAGUUCUACACCAAGCCCCCAUGGGUGGAUGAUGUGGUGGACGAUAGCGACGAUAAUGAGGAUGCCGAGGCCGAGAACGACACGGAGAACGAGGAGGAGGAGAAGAACAACCACGCUGGGAAUGAUGACAUAGAAACGGACAUCAAUAAACUGCGACCCAAAGAGACCCAUAGCAGGCCGUUUGAAGAGCUGAAGAUCUAUGAGAGAUUCUUCAUGGAGCUCUCAGAGGAUUUCCAGGUGUUUAACUUUGACAACCCAAAGAGAGGUGUGACGGCCACCCCAGCAGCUCCCAAGUCUCACCGCCCCAUCAUCGUUCCCACCUCCCAGGCCCUGCCCCCGAAACACCCCACUGCUGCCAUCCUUCAGGGGGAGUGCCCCCAUCCGGCCCCAGUCCCUCGCCUGGACCUGGACACCAUCAACAUCACCAAGGACCAAGAUGGCUGCUGUGACCACACCCACACCCGACCCCACCCUGGGGCGGGGCUGGAGCAGGAGCUGGUGCAGGGGCUGGAACGGGUGUCCCUGGAUGGGGCUGGGCCUCGGGGAGGGGGUGGAGGAGGAGGGGUCAACAGGCACAAUAGACAGCCCCCCCUACUGGCUGGGGGUGUGGCUGCCCGACCGGGUGGAGGGGGACAGGAGAUGUUAGCGGAGGAGUGGGCUGAGGAGGAGGGAGGUGAGGGGGCAGUGCUGGAGGUGCCGGACACGGCCUUGCUCCUGCCGCUCCACGACCCUGACCUGUAUGUAGAGAUGGUGAAGAGCACGCGCUCUGUGCCACAGUACUCCGAGGUGGCAUACCCGGACUACUUUGGCCACGUGGCGCCCACCUUCCGAGAACACAUCCUGGAGAGGGUCUACGGCGUGCAGAGUCCUCUGCCCCCCUACAGGACUAAGAUCUUCCAGGACAUUGAGAGACUGAUCCACCCCAACGACAUCCUGGAUAAAGUGGUCUACGACUUGGACAUACAGAGUUGUCCAGUGGUUGACGACGGCGAAUCUCUGAAGUUCAACUCUCAGUUUGAGUCUGGCAACCUGAGGAAAGCAGUUCAAGUCAGAAAGUUUGAGUACGACCUGGUCCUAAACUCCGACAUCAAUAGUAACCACUACCACCAAUGGUUCUAUUUUGAGGUGAGCGGCAUGCGCGUGGGAGCCCCCUAUCGCUUCAACAUCAUCAACUGUGAAAAGUCCAACAGCCAGUUCAACUACGGUAUGCAGGUGCUGAUGUACUCUGUUCAGGAGGCCAUUAGCGGCAGGCCCCGUUGGAUUCGCACUGGAACGGACAUCUGUUACUACAAAAACCACUUCUCCAGGAGCUCGAUAGCAGCAGGCGGUCAGAAGGGAAAGUCCUACUACACCAUGACCUUCAGCAUGAUCUUCAACCACAAGGACGAUGUCUGCUACUUCGCUUACCACUACCCCUACACCUACUCUACUCUAAAGAUGCACCUGCAGAAGCUGGAGGCGCUGCGGACCCCUCAGAUCUACAUGCGCCAAGACGUCCUGUGUGAGACUCUGGGGGGAAACAGCUGCCCCCUUCUCACCAUCACCGCCAUGCCUGAGUCCACCAGCAACGACCAGAUCUGCCUGUUCAGGAACCGUCCGCUGGUGUUCCUGUCAGCGCGGGUGCACCCAGGGGAGACCAAUGCCAGCUGGGUGAUGAAGGGCACCCUGGAGUUUCUGAUGGGCAGCAGCCCCCUGGCACAGAGUCUCAGGGAGGCAUACAUCUUCAAGAUAGUCCCCAUGCUCAACCCUGACGGAGUGGUCAACGGCAAUCACCGUUGUUCUCUGAGCGGGGAGGAUCUGAACCGACAGUGGCAGAGCCCCAGUCCGGAGCUACAUCCCACCAUCUACCACACCAAGAGCCUGCUGCAGUACCUCGCUGCCAUCCAGAGGGCGCCACUGGUGUUCUGUGACUACCAUGGUCACUCCCGGAAGAAGAACGUGUUCAUGUACGGUUGCAGUUUGAAGGAGACCGUAUGGGAGACCAACAUCAGCGCAACAUCCUGUGAGCUACACGAAGACCUCGGUUAUAGGACUCUGCCUAAGAUCCUGUCCCAGAUGGCACCGGCUUUCAGCAUGGCCAGCUGUAGCUUUGUGGUGGAGCGCUCCAAGGAGGCCACGGCCCGCGUGGUGGUGUGGAGGGAGAUCGGAGUCCAGCGCAGCUACACAAUGGAGAGCACACUCUGCGGCUGUGACCAGGGCAAAUACAAGGGUCUUCAGAUAGGCACCAGAGAGCUGGAGGAGAUGGGAGCCCAGUUCUGUGUGGCUCUGCUCAGGCUGAAGAGACUGACUUCCCCCCUGGAGCUGAGGAAACGCGCACACCUGCUGGAUGUCGAGAGUGACCUUAUGGAGACACGCUGCAAAGUCUCCAGCAACCCGAGUACGUACGUGCUGGAGGAUGAAGAGCACACCUUCAUGGAGGAGGUGGACUACAGCGCCGAGAGUGGCGACGAAGCCGACAACGACCCCGACACCGCCGACCCUCACGACAACCACCUCUCCGACUCCGAGUCCAACAACCAUAGAGACUCACUCACCUAGCUCAAACCCCCUGAUCACUACCCAACCCCAACCAUUACUUAACACAUUCUUAACCCCCCCCCAGAUAUCCCCCUGUUUUUCUCUGAAGUCACUCACUCCUCUGGCCUUGGUGCAUCAUGGAUACCACAUCCAUGCUAUAUCUGCCUUGCAUAUCUCACACAGAUUUAGAUAGACUGUUCAGAAGUGUUACACAACGACUAGACACGUUAGACAAAUAACACACGUUAACAUAAGGGUUUUGGUGCAAUGUCGCCAUUUGUCAUGAAAACGACAAAAGUGUUACACAAAGAGAAUUUAUACAUCUCUAUUUACAUAUGUCUAUAUGUAGUUCUAUGGUUACACACAAGUUGAGAUGAAUGUACACCUUGGUCGUAUUUGCAUAAAUAGUACAGUAUGACUCAAUGACCUACUAAUAACAGUAGCGCACAAUUAGCAUACCAGAAAGGUAGCAAGCAAAGUAGAACCAUUUGCACAUGUAACACAACAUGCAUACCAUACGCAUGAACACAGAGGUACAGGACAGAAGAAAAGUCACUUUUACAAUCCUCACCUCACAGUAAAAGGUCAAAAGCUCAGCCCAAAACUGACGUUGAUGUUUUGGAACUAUUUUGCUCCGCUGAGAAGUACAUGUAUUUCUCUAGUCUGUCUGUAAGCUUAGUUGGUUGUCCGUACAGUGCAAUGGUACUGAGUUUUAGAAAGGAUGGUGCUUUCUGGGAGUAGCUUAGAGAUGCCUUUUUUUUUUUACUUGUCUUUUUUAAAAGUAGGUAUUACGUUUUGGUUUUGGUUGUGUCAGUGCAUGGCUAUUUUAAUGUUAUUUUUCGUAUUUAUUUUAUUUGUGAGACGCACCCCUUUGUGUGUGUGUGUGUGUUUGUUUAGUAGAGGGAAAUGCUAGACCACCAUAGAGCUUGGCAGCCAAACGCUCUGUUUGUGGGAGUAAAAAAAGCUAACUGGCUAAACCUUUUUAAUUCGAUUGUAACAAAUAAGUUAAAGCUUGCUAUGAAAUCAUGCUAAAUAAAUGUGAAUGUGAAAAUA